CUAUAACUGAAAUGUCUCAUCUGUUUCGCAACUGUAUAUGUAUGACUAGUACGAGUCAGCGGCAGCAAUGAGUCUGCUGUGGUCUGCUGGUAGGAAAUCUACUGUCGUCCAUCAAGGCCAGAUAAGAAUGGAUACUCGUGUUUCGUCAGCAGCAUCGAUACGUAUCCAUGCCUUGCGCUUUAACAAUUCAAAACGAUUGCCAAUAUGCGCGAGCCUGAAUUCUUUUCUGGUAAAAGUAGCAUUUCCUUGUGCGCCGAAUCGACGAGCGGGAAGGCAGAUUCCAAAGCUCGAAGAGUAGAUUUUAAUUAAUUAUUUACUAUACGUUUCGCAAAUCCUUCAAGGAAUCCAAGCUACCUUUUAGACAGCGCUCUAGUAUUUCGCGAAAGUACUUUGUCCCAGACCACUGACGUGUCUGAAGUUGAAAUUCUAUUCUGGGUGUUGUGUUCUUGUCAGAUUUGUUUGAUAAGUGAAGCCAUUAACUGUUAUGGGCUCAUAUUGAUGCAGGAGGUUUGACUAUUUUGAACUCUGUGUUUUAGAGAGAAUAUUGUAUUUGCAAGGAUGAGAGUUAUCUUAGUGAAGUUCCGAGAGAUCACCCAGAAAUAUCCCAUUGUGAGGGGAAUGGCAUCGUACACUGUUAUAUGGCCUAUUGGAAGUUUAUUACAACAAAAGAUUUCAGGCAAGAAGGAUUUGAAUUACAUGCAAGCUCUCAGGUUCAGCAUAUAUGGAGGAUUUUUUGUUGCACCAACACUAUAUUGCUGGCUCAAGUGUGCUGGAUAUUUGUGGCCACGGAAUAACUUUAGGUCUGCAGUCACAAAGGCCUUAGUGGAACAAGUCUCAUACGGUCCAGCUGCAAUGUGUUGUUUCUUCUUUGGAAUAAAUCUCUUAGAAUUUAAACCCAUUUCAGAAUGUGUUGAAGAAGUGAAGCAAAAAUUCUGGCCAACUUACAAAGUUGGUGUUUGUGUUUGGCCAAUUUUGCAAACCAUUAACUUCGCUGUGGUCCCAGAACGCAACCGCGUGGUAUACGUCAGCGUGUGUAGCUUAAUGUGGACAUCCUUCCUUGCUUAUAUGAAAUCAUUAGAAGCCAAACAAUUAAAAAAGAAUGUAAUGCAAGAUACUGAGAAGGAAGUUCAAAAAGUUCAAAACACAAGUGGGAUACAACCACCUUCGCAGACAGUGGCCAAAUCAAAUUUGUUAUCCAGUUGAUGAUAGAACCAAUUAGACACUUAGCUUAGCUAAUCUUAUUUAUAUGUAAUAUAGUUUAUACUAUAACAUACUAUUUGUAUUUUUACUUUGUUAUCAAAAUUAUUGCGAUAAUACUGUAUCUCGUGCUGUCACGAUCUCAACUAAAUCUGAUGCUGGACAUCAGAAUCAAGUCGCUUUAGUGAUAAGGUAAAUGAGUACCUGUGAAAUUUGUUGUUCCCCCCUAAAAAGAAGAGAGAAUUAGGUAUAAAGCACUAUUGACAAUAGUAUUUUUAAAUGUAUCGUUUAAAAUGAUAAAUUUUGUAUGACACGCUAGUUUUUUAUUAGGUAGUUCCAGAGUAUACCAAGAAAUGCCUUGACCUGGAAAACUGUGAAAGUAUAUACCAUAAUAAUCUAAAGACUAUAGUAAUUUAUUAAACUAUUGACAAUAAUAAGGAAAAAACUGUAUAGAUGUGGUUUAGAAUAAAUUCUUUAGAACCUA